CCCGGUAGGCGCAGAAGAAUGUUGGCCUGCUACCGGCCCCCGGGGAACGAGACGCUGCUGAGCUGGAAGGCCUCGCGGGUCACGGGCACGGCCUUCCUACUGCUGGCGGCGCUGCUGGGGCUGCCCGGCAAUGGCUUCGUCGUGUGGAGCUUGGCGGGCUGGCGGCCCGCACGGGGGCGACCGCUGGCGGCCACGCUCGUGCUGCACCUGGCGCUGGCCGACGGCGCGGUGCUGCUGCUCACGCCUCUCUUCGUGGCCUUCCUGGCGGGGCAGGCGUGGCCGCUAGGCCAGACGGGCUGCAAGGCCGUGUACUACGCGUGUGCGCUCAGCAUGUACGCCAGUGUCCUGCUCACCAGCCUGCUCAGCCUGCAGCGCUGCCUGGCCGUCACCCGGCCGUUCCUGGCGCCCCGGCUGCGCAGUCCGGCCCUGGCCCGCCGCCUGCUGCUGGCCGUCUGGCUGGCCGCGCUGCUGCUCGCCGUCCCGGCCGCCGUCUACCGCCACGUGUGGGGAGACCGCGUGUGCCAGCUGUGCCACCCGUCGCCGGCCCACACCGCCGCCCACCUGAGCCUGGAGACGUUGACGGCCUUCGUGCUCCCCUUCGGGCUGGUGCUCGGCUGCUACGGCCUGACGCUGGCGCGGCUGCGGGGCGCCCGCUGGGGCGCCGGGCGGCACGGGACGCGGGUGGGCCGGCUGGUGAGCGCCAUCGUGCUCGCCUUCGGCUUGCUCUGGGCCCCCUACCACGCGGUCAACAUUCUGCAGGUGGCGGCCGCGCUGGCUCCGCCCGGAGGGGCCCUGGCGAGGCUGGGCGGGGCGGGCCAGGCGGCGCGGGCUGGAACUACCGCUUUGGCCUUCUUCAGCUCCAGCGUCAACCCGGUGCUCUACGUCUUCACCGCCGGGGAUCUGCUGCCCCGGGCAGGCCCCCGCUUCCUCACGCGGCUCUUUGAGGGCUCAGGAGAGGCCCGAGGGGGCGGCCGCUCUAGGGAGGGGACCAUGGAGCUCCGAGCUACCCCUAGGCUUAAAGUGGUGGCGCAGGGCCGGGGCGAUGGAGACCCCGGGGGCGGGGUGAAGAAGGACAGUCAGGGAUGGGAACCUUGACACCAAACCCUACAACCGGGCCUGCCUCUUCCCUGACCCCUUCCAUCGUCCCUCCCCCAGAACUCAGGGAACCACUCUGGAGCGUUUGGGGACCCUUCUCUGGCCACAGUUUGGAUCUUUCUGGGCAGAAUUAUUAUACCCCUGGGGCAGGCCCAGGUACCUCCAAACAGAGGGACUGCAAAUGGUGAUGGUACUGUGUGCUUGCAGGUUGGCAUGUGCCUCUGUGCCAGAGAUGCUGACUUGCUGCCAAGAGCUACUGUGAAAUACACUGGGGGGGGGGCGGCAUUACAUGAUGGUAUAAG